GCACAAAUUGAUAUCAUAUAUGUACAAAAAUUACAAGAAUACUAACAAUUCAUAUUUUUAUUACAAUUCAAAAAAUAACUAUUCGCCAGUUUAACGUUAUUCCUAAGCAGAGCGUUAUAAGAAACGGAUUAAAAGCAAAGAAAACUUUUUAAGAAAAUUGUAAAAUUCGUAAAAUUGAAUAAAUAUUAAUCAAUAUUUAAGUUCAGUAUUCAGUAACAACGAUAGCUCUUCGAUUAUGUGCGGUAAAGAUUACUCGCCAUUAAUUGGCAUCCUCUGUAUGGAUAUCGCUCAAGAGCUGCAGCGGAAAUACGGUGAUGAUAUCCAUAGUUAUAUAUCGGCAGCUUAUGUUAAAUAUCUAGAAUCGAUGGGUGCGCGGGUAGUACCAAUAUGGAUUAACCAGAAACGUACAUACUACGAAGGUAUUAUGAAAAAGGUUAACGGCAUUUUACUGCCGGGUGGUGCGGUCUUCUUAGACGAUAGUAAAUGCACUAAAAAUCUGCGUAACGAUUGCGUGCAAAGUUCAAAAUUCAUUUACGAAAUCGCUGAAGAGAUGAAUAAAGAUGGAAAAUAUUUUCCCCUAUGGGGUACUUGCCUUGGUUAUCAGUUAAUGCUGUUACAUUCCAUUAAAGGUAAUAGUAACGACAUUAGGAUAGAAUGUAAAAAGAUGGAAUGCUCUCUUCCCAUCAACCUUGAAAAUUCUUAUGUUUUACAGAAUUCUAAGUUAUUGAAAGACUGCAAUGAUGAAUUAGUGACGGCUAUGUCCCAAUUACCUUUCGGUUAUCAUAAUCAUCGGUAUUGUAUAACGAAACAGAUUCUUGGCGAUUUCAAUAUAGCGGAUCAGUGGACCGUAUUGGCGACCAAUAAAGACUCGGAAGGCUUAGAAUUUAUAAGCGUUAUAGAGCAUAAAAAGUAUCCUUUCUUUGGUAUGCAAAUUCAUCCGGAACAGAUCUACUACGAAUAUGAUGACUACGAUGAUGAGCGUAGUCGGUGUCAUUCGUUUCGUUGCCUCGAGAUAACACAAUAUUUUGCAAAAUUUUUUGUUCAAUGCUGUCAUCAAAACAAGAAUUUUUGCACGAAAGCCGAAGCGUUAUCUUAUUUAAUAUAUAAUUUUCCGAUUGAAUUUACAGCACCCUACACUACUCGACAGCAAUGUUAUUUAUUUAAGAAGAACGUUGAUUAUCCCAAAAUAAAAUGCGAAUCGACGAACGCACUUUGAAUGAUUAUAUCUGGUCAUAGCAAGCGAAGUUAAAUACUUUUGUUGUUUCAUUUUCAAA